AUGGUGCUGCCGCCCAAAGUGUAUACGUGGUUGUGUGGUCUAUUUGCAAGCUUGGGUAGUAUUAUAUUCGGAUAUGAUUUGGGUGUCAUAGCAGGAGUACUUCCAGCGCCCGAUUUCAUUGCCACAAUGGGGCCACGCUAUCACGAUCCCAAUUUGCAAGGAUUAAUAGCGAGUAUAUUCGGGUUGACGACCAGCUUCUUUGGCAUGUUCCCUGUGGCCUACUUUGCGGACAAAUUUGGUCGUCGAAUCACGAUUCAAAUCGGGGCUGCAGUCUACAUAUUGGGAGGCGCUUUGCAGACUGGUGCUACAAAUAUUGAUUUCAUGUAUGCUGGCCGCUUUUUCGCAGGUUUUGGAGUUGGUAUCAUGUCCGACCUUGCCCCGUUAUACCAGGCAGAAAUUGCUCACCCAAGUAUUCGUGGCCGCCUUACUACACUCCAACAAUUCAUGUUGGGAAUAGGUGCAUUCAUAGCGUCCUGGGUUACGUACGGCACUUCUGCUGGCCUGAAAGGCACGCAGGCGGAGUGGAGGAUCCCAUUGGGAUUGCAAAUUAUACCAGCAUUGCCGUUGAUCGCCUUCAUCCUUUUGCUACCUGAAUCUCCUCGAUGGUUGGCAGACAAAGGCAGAAUCGACGAAGCUCGCGCAACACUGGCCCGCCUUCACGCUCAUGGCGAUAUCAAUGAUCCUUUUGUUAUGUCUCAAAUGGAAGACAUGAAGGCUGAACUCCAAAGAGCUCGCGAUAUCGGUGACUCUAGCUGGAAGGAACUGUUCGUUAUUCCAAGCAACUUCCGUCGCCUGAGUCUAGGAUACAUCCUUCAGUUUUCGGUGCAGAUGACUGGUGUCAGCGCAAUUCAAUACUACUCCACUACCAUGGGGUUCAGUUCCACGCGCAUCCUCCUCUUCCAGUCCAUCAAUAGUAUCAUUGCCCUCAUAGGAGAGGCCUGCUGUGUUCUUUGGAUCGACCAUACCGGCAGACGGAGGCCGUUGAUCAUUGGCAAUAUUGCCUCCGGGCUUUCAUUCGUCGUUGGGUCGAUCCUAAUGGCUCGGUGGCCUGGUACCGUAGAUAAAACUUGGGUAUUUAACUUCUUUUUCAGCGCGUGUAUAGGUCCGCUGUCUUGGGCGUACCCCGCUGAGAUAUUCUCAACGAGGACGAGGGCGAAGAGUACGGCGAUUACAAGUUCAUCGUCGUGGCUAUCAAACUUCUUCAUCGCACAAGUCACUCCCAAGGCCUUCGGUGCCAUAGGCUGGAAGAUUUUCUUGAUGUCUCGGCCAGAUCUAGUAUUUGCCAUCUGCGGACACACCAACGCCUUAUUCAUUUGGGCGUUUUACCCAGAAACUACUGGACGCCGUCUCGAGGAAAUGGACGCUCUGUUUGAGCAAGCCCCGUUGUUUGUGCCGAGGACAUCGUACGCGAAGGUUAUCGACCACGCGGCGGCAGAGCGAGAGCUACGCGACGGUAAUUUUGUUCCUGGAGACCUCACCGAGAAGGUGGAGAAAGGGAGUGAUAUCGAAGACAAUAAAGGAUUCCAGUCGCAGAUUGAAAUUACGGAAAAGAAUUGA